AUGCUUGUUAUUCGAAGGAACGACACGUACAGCCGCAUGCUGUGGACACAGAAGCCUACCAUUCCCACGAUCUUCUCAGGCUCCAACUGUCACCAUCACUUCUCUCAAAGUCUAUCUAUAAUCCAUUUACAUCGCAACUCUACACCCUCAUUAUACCUGUCGAACAUUGUGCCAUCAAUACCAAUUGACGACUUCACGUGCUAUGGUCUGACCCUCGAUAGCAGCGACAAGCAUCUAAAACAUUUCGAAGAAAUGCAUGGAGUCACACAAGUUUCAGGACGACCAAGAACGUCGAUGAGUAGCCGGUACAGCCCUCUGCAUGAUCCGAGUGCUAUCAAGAACGCAUUUCCAAAGUUCCAUGACCCACAACUCGUACCUUUAUCAGCUUUCACCGCAACGGAAACAGCUUCUUCGCUCUGCGAAUACUACGACAAGCAACCGCCAUCAUUCAACAUUACAUGGCACUGGCGCUGCCAUAUGUGUUCCCAGAUCAACAACCCAGUGUCCCUCUGUCCUAGAUGCGAUCAUGACUACGUUGGAUGCAAAUCGUGCUCCCGUGUAUUUUUUCGACCUUGUUCACCAAUACUCUGCCAAGAACAUGGGUUUUUUGCCUCUACCGAUGGGUUGUCUCUCAUGAUCGGCAGCAACGCACCUGCUCGACAGCAUGAUGAGGCGGGGUGCCGGAGAAGUAACAGGAUUAAAUUCGAGGAGUCCACGCAUAAUGAGAUAGAAAAAGUAAGAUCAGAGAGCCAGACGGUUCCCUUUCCGGCGCCGGCUACGAGACGAAGGAUAGACAAGACGCCGUCGAAACACAGAAUGAAGGCUUCAAUAAGAAGAAUCGUGGACAAGAUCCGUGGCUUCAAGGAAAAGUUCCAUGAACGUAAUGCUAACAAGAACGGUGGUGAUACCGCUCUUUGGAAAUUGAGGGUACGCUACCAGGGUAGCCCCUUUUAG